ACGAGGGGCAAUUGCCGUGGCAGAUGGAUGGCCGAGAUCGGCUCCUCCUCAACCCCAGUUCACGCCUGUUCUGCCCGCGACAUCAAAAUCCCAGAAACGAAUCAAAGGGUUGUCUUUACCAAGCUCACACGGACUGCUCGCGACAGUCCGCCCGCAAUCAUGUCGGUCGAAGUCAUCCGCACCAUCUCCCCCACGACGGACGAGCCCAUCCUGACGCGCAACGGCAUCUCGCCCCAAGACCUCGAGCAGCUCCCCGAGAUUGCCACCAGAGCGUUCGACUUGUGGCGCAAGACGACGCUGCAACAGCGCCAAGACAUCAUCAAGAAGGCUCUCAAGAUCCUCGACCAGAGGAAAGAUGAGCUGGCUACCGAGCUGACGGUUCAGAUGGGCCGCCCCAUCGCUUACACACCCAAGGAAAUCGCCACUGCCAUAAAGAGGGCCGAGUAUCUCCUCAAAGUCAGCGAGGACGUCCUGCAGGACACGCCCGGGGAGGCAGAGAAGGGCUUCAAAAGGUUUAUCCGCAAGGUGCCUGUCGGUCCGGUGCUGAUCAUCUUUGCCUGGAACUAUCCGUACUUGAUCCUGGUCAACGCCCUGAUACCGGCGCUCCUUUGCGGUAACUCGGUCAUCCUCAAGCCGUCGCCCCAGACGCCCACCGUCGUCGAGCAGGUCGCCAAGGCGUUCGCCGAGGCUGGUCUGCCUAACGGCGUGAUCCAGUACUUCCACUCCGGCUCGCCUAUGAUUAUCGAGACCAUCGUGAGAAACCCAAAGAUUGCGCUGGUUUGCUUCACCGGCUCGGUGGCUGGCGGGUUGGCUGUCCAGAAGGCGGCUUCGGACCGCAUCGUCAAUGUGGGGCUGGAGCUGGGAGGCAAGGAUCCGGCAUACGUCCGCGGGGACGUCGACAUUGCGUGGGCGGCCGAGGAGAUCGUGGACGGCGCUGUGUUCAACUCGGGCCAGAGCUGCUGCUCGAUAGAGCGGGUCUAUGUUGACGAAUCCAUCCACGAUGAGUUCGUCUCGGCUCUGCAGAACGUCCUCAAAGGGUACAAGCUCGGCGAUCCGCUGGACAAAGACACGCAUCUUGGCCCAGUCAUCUCGAAGCGAUCUAAAGAAACCUACCUGGCGCACAUCAAGGAUGCACUGGACAAGGGUGCCGUCAAUGCCACCCCCGCGAACGAGACAUUCGACCGGCUUCCGGAGAGAGGGAACUUUGUUGUCCCGACUCUGCUCACAAAUGUGGAUCACAGCAUGACCGUCAUGAAGGACGAGACCUUCGGUCCUGUUAUCCCAGUGAUGAAGGUGAAGAGCGAUGAGGAGGCCGUGGAACUCAUGAACGACAGCGAGUUCGGCUUAACGGCCAGCAUUUGGACGAAAGACACCGAAAAGGGCUACGAACUUUGCGAAAAGGUUGAGGCCGGCACCGUUUUCGUCAACCGCUGCGAUUUCCCGAGUCCCGACCUGGCAUGGACGGGGUGGAAGAACUCCGGAAAGGGUGUCACGCUGAGCAGAUUUGGUUUUGACCAAUUCGUCAAGUUGAAGAGCUAUCAUCUGAAGGAUUACCCCAAAUAGGGUUUCGGCUCGCCUAGAUGCAGGGAGAAAUCCGGCAAGGGAUGCCAUCAAUUGCGCAAACGUCGGGGUUUAAAUUAAUAUCUCGAAAGAGCCAAUUCUGCCUUCUUGAGACACGUGAGUUUUGGGACUUGUCUCAGAGGAUAUCCCAUUAUGGUUGAGACAAAUUCCAAGAUGCUGGUUUUUCAGGGGGAGCCGGAACGACUCAAGUUACGUCGGCAUUCGCUUUCAUGGACUUUUCGCAUGCCAACCUUUUCGCUCUGAUUCGCGCUCACUUAAGGGAGCACACGAGAGCGGUAUGGAUUGGCGAUCUGAUGCCGUGCAGUGAGGUUUCUUUGACAUCUUCCCACCAUCCCUCGGCUAUGUGCCCCCCCCAGCCCUUUCUUUG